GGGAUGCUCAUUCUCCCCGACCACAAUCUCUGGAGGAUAGUUGAGGGCACCCACUACUUCCUACAAGUGCUACUGUUUUAUUCAAGAGACACACAUUCUAUUACUUCACCCCAAGUUUCCCCCAUUUACUUUGCGAUUAAUCUUUGGAUGUAUAGAGGCCUGGAGAGUCAAGCCGUUGAUUGAACCGCCAUUACAAAGAAAGUGAGCUCCCAUUGCUGCAUACCCGUCCGGUCUACCAGGUGGAGUGAUUUAAGAAUUAGCAAGGGGGAUUAACACGAUACGAGCACACCUCUGCCUGUGAUAUGAACGGCAUCUAUCCACGGCUUCACAAGGGCCAUAACUGUCCACGAAGCACGUGAUAUACGAGGCAUUCAUUCUUUGAGAGGUGAAGGUUAGGAGGCGUUAAUUGAACCUGAUUCCUUUUGCUACUUACCUGCUUAACACGCUUAACCAGAAUCCGAGCUGAAUACGAUGUGAGCCUUGACUACUUCUCUUCUUCUCACUCCAACCGAAGGAUUUCAAUUUAAUUCCAUGCACACUAGGAAAGCCUGUUGAGAGCUUGGAGGAUCAUCGAAAGUGUACUUUUGUGGACCAUCUAUCAAGAUUACUUGAAACUGGAACACGGUUUAUCUUUGAUGGUCUAGGUUCGGAAUGAAGACGGCCUGAUCAGGGAGUUUUAUGAUCUUCAAGGACUGUACUUAACUCUGCCAGCCAAUAUGGAAGCUGUUAUUAAAGUUUUUGCUGCCAAGAAGUUUCCUGUGAAGAAAUCUUGGUUUGGUUUGAAACACGAGAAUCCUAAGGUCUUUUACAAGCCACAAUGGCGUCUUCCAGUCUGGUUCUUCCUCAGCUACCGGAUCGUUUCCACUUGUUACGUCAUCUCCUACUUCAUAUACGACUUGGUGUGUGGGAUCGCCAAGAAUGGCAGCCGCCAUUUCAUCUAUCUCUCCACAUGGGAGAACUUUGCAUUUGAUUGCUACUUCGCCGUCGCUACUGCUAACCUGGUCGUGAGUCUGCGAAAGGAUCAUUUGGAACGAUUAAAACAGGAACAGGAGCGAAAGAAACAGGGUGUCUUCCAAAGGUUUAUCAAGAAGUUCAAGAAGAAACCCAAGGAAACCAUCGCAGAGAAGAAAGACGAGGAAGAUGAAACACCACUGAGUUACAAGAUUCAAUGGUUCCUCUUUAAUACCACCGUGCCAAUGUCUAUCUUAGUCACAAUCAUCUACUGGACGACUCUUUACAUGACUCCAAAUGACCCUGAUCUCGUCAACAAAGCUAAAGUCCAUGCCAUCACCAUGCUUCUCAGCUUCACUGAACUCUUCAUAACAGCCACACCCGUGCGCUUCUGGCAUUUCAUCUACCCGAUCGCCUUCGACCUCAUCUUUGACUUUUUCUCCGUCAUCUACUGGGCUUGCGGAGGAACCAACGCAGAGGGCGAGCCAUAUAUCUGGCCAUUCCUUGAUUACGGCAACGAGCCAGGCACCGCUGGUGGAGUGUCACUCGGGAUGAUCCUUUCCCUACUGGUGCUUCAGGGUAUUAUGUAUGGGUUUUACAGACUUCGAUGUUGGUUGGCCAGCAAAUGCGGCAUGAACCCCGACCUGGACCUGGUCGGAAACGAGAAAGAUGGCUUAGUCCAAGGGCUCGUCGAGUCACCCUGUUGAACAACCGACAAUUCAUAGAAUUUAGGAAACAAGAAACGCUUGUAUAAUUUCUGUUGUUGGAGUUAAGAGAAGACGAACCAUAAGUAACGGAAUGAUGACUCUGUAUGUUUACAUAUACUUGCUAAAGAGUUAACAGUUUACAUGGCUUCUACUUAAAGCAGAUCAGCUUCCAAAGAAAAAAAAGAAUGGCUCUUGCGCUGGAUUGCUGUGUUUGCAUGGCACAGGUAUCGUGAUCAAGUGAGGGUAAACGCUCUUAGGGUAUGAUUCUGUGUAUAUAAUAAUGCUGCGAAAUAUCUUUGAAAUAGCACAAACUGUCCGUGCAUAAUCAUAAAAAUAAUUAUGAAGUAACAUUCUAAAUAUUUUUUAAAGGUAACAAUGAAAUGAGGCAAUCACAAAUAUGUCAAGUGUAAUGAAAAUGGCAAUUUCGUCAUUAACUCGACCUACAGGCACCAAGUAACCCUUUCGAAUUGGUAGGAUGAGGUUUUGAGAACCAUAUCCAAUACUAGUUUCUGGAAAAUACUAUAUGGCGUAUUUAGUAAGCUAGAGGGAUUAGAAUCAUCUACUUCAAAUUAAGCUCAGUCGCAAAGUGUCAUAUCUGCUAUGCUUUGAAGACAACCUCUGUUAAUUCACUGGGUCAUACUCGAUGUUCAUAGUGACCCUCA